AUGGCAAUUGUCGGGACAUGCCUGCUAGUAAUGCUCUUCUGCCCUAUAACAUCACUGAUGAGGGACACCUCUGCAUGCGUCUCAAACACCGGAAUGCGUAAUUAUGUGUCGAGGGACGUCAUUUUAGAGAGUUGUUCAUCUGCAAUCUACAAGAUCUCAAGCCUCAAAACAAAUCUUAAGACACAAGCACCACACUACCAAAACUAUAUCCAACACCACCACCCACCGACCAUCAUCAUGAACAACAACAAGAACAACAACCCCGCCGGCAACGUUGGCGAGACCGUUGGAGGAGGUCUCAACUUCCUCACUAGCACCGUUGGCAACACCGUCGGUGGUCUCGGCCGCACAGUCGGCAACGUUACUGGAGCCGCAACUCGUGGUCUAGGCGACACUGUCACCUCCGCGACUGGCGACGCUGGCCGCCCUCUCGGCGAUGGAAUUGGCAACCUCGGCACUGGAGUCCAGGGCGGGCUCGACAGCAUCUCCAAGGGUGUCGAGAACGCUGGACAGUGGAAGAAACAGUAAACAAUCACAAAGAUAUUACGAUAACUUUGGGAGUUGAGGAGGAAUGUAAUUAUUUGGGACUAUCACGAGGGAAUGUAGGAUUACGAUUUGAGUUAAUAUGAACACAAACUUCC